UGGCCAUGCGUCUGUACGUACGUACGUUAGUGGGCUGGGCGAACGUGGUUGAAAUCGUACAUUGUGCGCUUUCACAUGCGGUGCAAGGAGAAGAAAACUCAGCGCCACCGAUUCUCCAACUACAAGGGAUAACAGACUCAGAAGCCGAUGGAUGUCCGUGUGAAACGUUCACAAGAAACUGGCGCCAUGGGGAAGAAGCAGCUGGCGAAAACGGCGAAGAAGGAGGCCCCCGAGCCAGAGGAGUUUGUCGUGGAGAAGGUGCUGGACCAGCGCGUGGUCAACGGCAAAGUCGAGUACUAUCUCAAAUGGAAAGGCUUCGGCGAUGCUGACAACACGUGGGAGCCGGAGGAGAACCUGGACUGCCCGGAGUUAAUCUCCGCGUUCCACGUGGCCCAGAAGGGGGUGGUGGAGAAGCCCGCAGGGGACGCCCCCGCCUCAGGGGACAAGAGGAAACCAGAGGACGAGCCCGAGACAGAUGAGACCAAGGCAAAGAAGAAAAAGGAGAGUGAGAAGCCCAGGGGAUUUGCACGAAACCUAGAGCCCGAGCGAAUCAUUGGAGCCACAGACAGCAGUGGAGAACUCAUGUUCCUUAUGAAAUGGAAGGACUCUGAUGAGGCCGACCUGGUACCUGCACGAGAGGCCAACGUUAAGUGUCCACAGGUUGUCAUCUCAUUUUAUGAAGAACGCCUCACCUGGCACUCUUGCCCCGAGGAUGAGCAACAGUAGAGUAAAGUGUGUGCCACUGUGCACUGCACUAAUCAUGACGUUCUCGCACACAUGCAUACACACACAAACACACCCCCACCAUGCAAGCAAACCACACAUUUUUUCCAAUGUUCAUUUUAGUUCGUGUUGAAUUUUAACUGUGUUCUUUUUUUUUUUCUUUUUGUAAAUAUUCAAUUUUCGUGAAACAGUAAAGGUUUAUACUCUA